AUGAUCCCUAGGAUAAACCUGAACAAGUCUCAGAACACUUCUCCACCUUCGACCAUCACAGCCUCCACUCAGGUCCUCAUCAGGGAUUACAACAAGAAGAACUCCAGACUGGAGCCUGUCAUGACCGAGCCUUCCGAGACGGCUUCUUCCUCUUCCGAGCCGGUCUCUGUGGUGAAGUCGUUCCGCGGUCUCCUCGCUGUUAUGGCUCUUUCGUUUCACGCCGUCUUCGAAGGCCUGGCCGUCGGUCUCGAGAAGAACGCUGCUAACGUGUGGUACCUUUGCGCAGCUAUCGCCACUCACAAGCUGGUCAUCGCCUUCUGUAUCGGGAUCGAACUAGUUUCCUCCAGGACGAAGACCACCCUCAUCAUCGUGUACAUCGCCACCUUCGCUCUGGUGUCUCCCCUCGGGAUCGGUCUUGGUCUCAUCAUUUCCUCCGAAGGUGCUUUGGACUCUCCGCCGUUAGCCCUCGCUUCCGUCAUCCUCCAGGGCAUGGCGGCUGGAACUCUCUUGUACGUCGUGUUCUUCGAAGUCCUCCAGAGGGAGAAGGCACACUCCAGGUACGGGCUCGCUCAGCUGCUCUCGAUAAUGGCAGGGUUCAUCGUCAUGAUAGCUCUUGGAAUUUUCAGUGAGUAA